GCGUCCAGCGGUACCAUGGGCUGUCGGAGCGCGGUAGCCCUCGCCGUGGUCUCAGCCCUGCUGUGCCAGGUUUGGAGCUCUGGCGUGUUUGAGCUGAAGCUGCAGGAGUUCGUCAACAAGAAGGGGCUGCUGGGGAACCGCAAUUGCUGCCACGGGGGCUCAGGCCCGCCUUGCGCUUGCAGGACCUUCUUCCGCGUAUGCCUCAAGCACUACCAAGCCAGCGUGUCCCCUGAUCCCCCUUGCACCUAUGGCAGCACGGUCACGCCGGUGCUGGGCGUUGACUCCUUCAGCCUGUCAGAGGGAUCGGGUGUUGAUCCAGCCUUCAGCAACCCCAUCCGCUUCCCCUUCGGCUUCACCUGGCCAGGCACCUUCUCUCUGAUCAUUGAAGCCCUCCACACAGAUUCUCCUGAUGACCUUGCAACAGAAAACCCAGAAAGGCUCAUCAGCCGCCUGGCCACACAGAGACACCUGACAGUGGGCGAGGAAUGGUCUCAGGACCUGCACAGCAGUGGCCGAACAGACCUCAGAUACUCCUAUCGCUUUGUAUGUGAUGAACAUUACUAUGGAGAAGGCUGCUCAGUGUUCUGCCGACCUCGGGACGAUGCCUUCGGCCACUUCACCUGUGGGGAGAGAGGGGAGAAGGUGUGCGACCCUGGCUGGAAAGGCCAGUACUGCACAGAACCAAUCUGUCUGCCAGGGUGUGAUGAUCAGCAUGGAUUUUGUGACAAGCCAGGGGAAUGCAAGUGUAGAGUUGGGUGGCAGGGUCGCUACUGUGACGAGUGCAUCCGGUACCCAGGCUGUCUCCAUGGUACCUGCCAGCAGCCCUGGCAAUGUAAUUGCCAGGAAGGCUGGGGAGGCCUUUUCUGCAACCAGGACCUGAACUACUGCACACACCACAAGCCCUGCAGGAAUGGAGCCACUUGCACCAACACGGGUCAGGGGAGCUAUACGUGUUCCUGUCGACCUGGGUACACAGGCGACAACUGUGAGCUGGAAAUUGAUGAGUGUGCCCCCAGUCCCUGCAGGAAUGGAGGGAGCUGCACGGACCUUGAGAACAGCUACUCUUGCACCUGCCCUCCUGGCUUCUACGGCAAAGUCUGUGAGCUGAGUGCCAUGACUUGUGCAGAUGGCCCUUGCUUUAACGGGGGACGGUGCUCAGACAACUCUGAUGGAGGCUACACCUGCCAUUGCCCUGCAGGCUUCUCUGGCUUCAACUGUGAAAAGAAGAUGGAUCUCUGCAGCUCUUCCCCCUGUUCUAAUGGUGCCAAGUGCAUGGACCUUGGUGAUACCUACCUGUGUCACUGCCAGGCUGGCUUCUCUGGAAGGCACUGUGAGAACAACGUGGAUGAUUGUGCCUCUUCCCCAUGUGCAAAUGGUGGCACCUGCCGGGACAGUGUGAAUGACUUCUCUUGUACCUGCCCACCUGGCUACACAGGCAGGAACUGCAGUGCCCCCAUUAGCAGAUGUGAGCAUGCACCCUGCCACAAUGGGGCCACCUGCCACCAGAGAGGCCAGCACUACAUGUGCGAGUGUGCACAGGGUUAUGGUGGCCCAAACUGCCAGUUCCUGCUCCCUGAGCUGCCACAAGGCCCUGUGGUGGUAGACCUCAGUGAGAGGCAUGUAGAGGGCCAUAGUGGGCCUUUCCCCUGGGUGGCUGUAUGUGCCGGGGUGGUGCUUGUCCUCAUGCUGCUACUGGGCUGUGCUGCUGUGGUGAUCUGUGUCCGGCUGAGGUUACAAAAGCUCCAGCUCCCAGCUGACUCUUGCCGGGGAGAGACAGAAACCAUGAACAACCUGGCCAACUGCCAGCGUGAGAAGGACAUUUCUAUUAGCAUCAUUGGGGCUACACAAAUCAAGAAUACCAACAAGAAGGCAGACUUCCAUGGGGACCACAGUGCUGACAAGAGCAGCUUCAAGGUUCGAUACCCAACCAUGGACUAUAACCUUGUGAGAGAUCUCAAGGGGGAUGAAACUGCUGUCAGGGAUGCACCCAGCAAGCGUGACUCCAAGUGCCAACCCCAAGGCUCUACAGGAGAGGAGAAGGGUACCUCAACACCCAGCAGUGGGGAAGCACCUAAGAGACUAAGGCCAGAGUCCAUCUACUCCACUUCAAAGGACACGAAGUACCAGUCAGUGUAUGUUCUGUCUGAGGAGAAGGACGAGUGUGUCAUAGCAACUGAGGUGUAAGAUGGAAGUGAUGUGGCAAAAUUCCCAUUUCUCUUAAAUAUAAUUCCAAGGAUAUAGCCCCAACGAAUGCUGCUGAAAGAGGAAAGGGAGACCCCAGGGACUGCUGCUGAGAGACAGGUUCAGGUGGAGCUGGUUCUCCUCUCGGAGUUAGCAGAGGCGCCUCACACCGCUGGCCUGUGGGCUUUGGGUGCCACUGCACUGCCUGCUGGACUGCCGUUGCACUAUGGACAGUUGCUUUUAAGAGUAUAUAUUUACAUGGAUGAGAGACUUGAUGCGUAUAGGAAGCACGCACUGCCGACAUGUCUAUCUUGGAUUCCUAUGAGCCAGUCUUUCCUUGAACUAGAAACACAAACUGCCUUUACUGUCCUUUUGAUACUGAAAUGUGUUUUU